AUGGCUGGAGGAAAAGGCAAAUCGGGUGGCGACAAGAACACCGUCAAGGCCGGAAAGUCUCGCUCGUCCAAGGCCGGUCUUCAGUUCCCCGUCGGUCGUAUCCACCGUCUGCUCAGGAAAGGAAACUACGCUCAGCGUGUCGGUGCUGGCGCACCAGUGUACCUCGCGGCGGUCCUCGAAUACCUCGGCGCCGAAAUCCUCGAGCUGGCUGGCAACGCCGCUCGCGACAACAAGAAGACCCGUAUCAUCCCGCGCCACCUGCAGCUCGCCAUCCGCAACGACGAGGAGCUCAACAAGCUGCUCGGCAACGUCACCAUCGCCCAGGGCGGUGUCUUGCCAAACAUCCACAACAUCCUCUUGCCCAAGAAGACCAAGGGUGGAAAGGGUACCCAGGAGUCCCAGUAG